GACUGCUGAUAAUACAAAAAGAAAAAUGCGUCGAUUAUAAUCCUUAAUUCUGUGAAAUUAAGCUCUGCUGUCUACCAUAGACCGACUCUCGAUCUUGGGAAUUUAAAAAAUUCCUCUGUGUGUGGUUUCUGCAUUGUUGACUUCAAUUAGACGUGCGCGAGUUACGUCUGAGGAGUAGGUUUCGUUGAUCAGAAUCUGACAAAGACCCGGCUUUCACUGACCUCCAAUGCCAUGGCCUCAACGCGUACGGCAAUGACAUGGAUUAUUAUUGUGGCAGCCGUGGGAUACUUCGAACCGUGCAAGGCGGAACACGACGUCGUGUCCAAAUGGAGAAGGUAUGGUGGGGACAUGGCGGUGGCAGAAUCGGCUUCUGUAAUGGUGUUCUGUUCCUGCGAUUUGAUGGUUGGUCUCUGCAAUAUCACCAUGGCAGCUCAGUUUUUCCUGCAAGACGAGCCUGAAUGUCACGCGAUAUGCGGGGGCAGGGUGGAAUGCGCUUACUGCGCCGAGCAAGGAUGCACGUGCUCCCGGGAAGACUUGGACACCUACCGCCUCUGUCAAUCAGGAAACAGGGCGAGGCUGUUCCAAUGCACCAACUCCUGCGCCCGUGCUGAUGUCGAGCCGAUGUGCUCAUGUGAAAUAACGAUCGUCAAGCAUAACAAGUCUACACAGAAACCAGUGGACGAUGUGCUGCCAGCAAACAAGGCAUCAUUUAACCACGGUUUAUUCACGGGUCUAGCUGUCGGUGGAUGCAUUCUUCUCGUACUGGUUGUCAUUGUGCUUGCGUUGAUCAUUAUUGCUAUCAGAAGAAGAACCAAUAACAGAUCGCCCAUAGCAAGAACAAACACAAAUUCAUCAACGGCACCAAUCACGUCUUCAGCCGAUGGACUUAAAGGCGUCAACAAUCCCACAUACGAAGACGCCAGCACAACACUGCCUGGGACCACUAGACCUCCGUCUUCAACCUCGUACCUCUAUCCAUAUGCCCCGCGCCUCACAGCCAACAGAAACAUAAGUGUCUCCAACGGAAAUAACGCCUCGACUAGUGCCUCACCUCAGCCUAGCGCCCAAGCGUUUCCCCUCUACCAAGAAAUCCUACCACGAAACGGGGACCAACCGCCUACCUACGAGGACUCGGAGGGUUACACUCGGUACCGAGCACAGGCCCAGCCUGACACCAGAAGGGAACGCCAGCAGCCGGUGUACAUGGAACUCGUGAGGCCAAGCGAUCGUACUUCACGACCACCUGUGGACACUUACAUGUAUUAGGGUGAAUGACUUGUAUUCCAUGGUCCAUUUUUUUGCCAACUUAACAACCUCUCGCAGAAUAUUCUGCGAGACAGGAUUUCUUGCAAGGCCUUCCUAGAUACUUGUUAUGCAACACCGCAUGACAAAUCAUUACCAGAACAAAAUCAAGGAAGAAAUCAUCACUGAAUGGCGAAGAGCUCGCUAGAAUAGUUAUAUUUCAGAUGUAAGUGGCCAAACAAAUCUAUUAGGUCCCAGUGCUGAAGUAACCAGUAAUUUCCUUCAACUCAUACAUACAGUUCGUAUACCUUCAAGUAAAUAGCAAAACGCAAUACAGCAGGUUUAUGAGCAAACACCUGCAAUCCUUGCACUUCCCAGCCAUUAACAUUUGCCUCAAAAUGUGGAGACAAUCUUUUAAGUUGAUUCGGUGAAAUGAAACCUGCUACUUGGGUCUGAACAUUACUUUUCAAUCAGCAGAAUGUACAUGAAGUUGCUGGUAUAAAUUUGUUGAUGUUAAACCUUGACAACUUACAGGUCAGUUUUGUGGCGCGAGUUCCGGCCAAAGCGUCCGUUACUCGACGAGGAGGCCGUGCGAUGCACAACUACCCUUGGUAUGUCUGCCCUCCCGCCCGCUGCCAUCGCCGAGUGCGAAUUUCGGGUGUGUCUUCGUUCCUUCUUAACCAAUCUCAAGAGAAUGGGGUGUGAGUUCGGAGUUGCCUCAUUCCGCGGUUUGACCUCAAAAUAGAAGGUCCAGUCGGCUUUUCUGAUUGGAAGGAUGGUGGUUUUCUCCAUGGUGACGGGAGAAGAUUUUUUUUAGAAAUCGAAGCUACUCUGACUAAAUGGUCAAUGAAGACAAGUCUAAACCAAUGCCACGGAAGUUCUAGACAUUUUUCGGCUCACACAUCUCUCUUCGUAGUUUUAUUAAAUAGCCGUCAGAAAUCUUUCACUUAUUGGAAACCAACAUUUGAAGUCUCAAAAGUUGCCGAUAAUUGGUGUAGUUUGCGAAUUUCCCGAAAAAGUGGACAUAAAAUAAUAAAAUGUUCAAUCCUGUGAGAUGAGACAGUUCGUCUCGAGUCCACUGAGUCUCCGCAUCCUCGGUGCUCGAUAGGCCGAAAUUGAAGGUUUUCUCCUAACAGUCCAGCAGUUUUUGCAGCCAGUAAGCUUAGGUAACGAAUGAUGUGUUGUUUGAAUGGCUCAGUCGUUUGAUUCUGAAUUGCAAAGUGCAGUGACAGGGGUUUCCACAUUUGUACAUCUGCUUCAGCUGCGAAUGAUAGCACAUUCACACAAUUUUUAAUAACGUACACCCUGGUGACGAAUUAGUAAUUGUAAGCAGACAAAGAGAAUAAUUUCCGUGCGCGUGUAAGAUGAUUAAAGCCUUUGGCAAUCACUUCCCUUGCUCUUAUCAACGAAAUUAUAAACUGCACUUCUCUUGUUCAGUAUAUGAUUUUUUUAUAAUUUUUAAGAUUAAGUUUAAAAUAUUCCCCCAUGGAAGUGUGUUUCAUUAACGAAGGUAAUGAAAAUUGUUUUAAAAUCCUAUUUUAAAUACUCAUGUAAAGUAAUUAAUUUAAGUUCUCUAUUACGGGGUAAAGGACUUUACUGUGAUUACAUUUGUCAGCACAACUGUAUUUAUAACAAAAUAUUCCGUAUCGUAUAUCAAUAAAAUAAUUUCUUUUAGUCAAUUUUCCGGUGGUAAACAUGACCUCUAAGCCUAUGUAGAUUUUGAAUCGCAGGUGUAUAAGUUAAACAAAUACUUGUGAGCGAUAAAUGACGUGGAUGCUUUCACCGACCAGGUAUUCUUUGAGAAAAUUGUGAAAGGACAUCCAACCAUGUAAACGAAGGUUAAGAACAUAACGAGUUGUGUCGCGUAGAAGUUCAAGUACACAAUGGUUCCAAAGAAAGGAUCGAAGUUUACAAGAGCUGGUCAAAGUUAGUAAUUCUUUCAAACCUGCUGACCGAUUCGAACUCUUAACAUGGUCAGAGCUGUAUAAAUUCAAUCACAGAGUACAUGUAUCCCUGUUUGACCUUUAGCAUCACAACAGCAAUCUAUAGGACAACUACUGUAUGUAUUACAUUUCCCAGUAAAUCUGAUUAAACUUUUAAAACUUAAACGUGUGACUUUAAAGCUGAGAUUACAUCUCAGUUUUCCAGUAAAAAAUAAGCUUAACAGAUGCAGCAAAUGUAAUUGCUUUUGGCCUUUUGACCAAUUGUUGAAUUGGAUACUUGCAGAGAGUGUAACUAAGCCUAUCUAUACAUCAUAGCCAAGGCUUGGUGUCUGCAACAUUUUCCAAUUGUAGACAUUCCAUCCAUUCCAGCAGUUAACUGUUUCCGUGAUAAGUUUCGAUCAAGAACAUUAUUUUGCGCCCACCUCAACCAACUGACAAAAUCAUAUAAUGUACAGACAGGCCUG